AGAGAGAGAGAGAGAGAGAGAGAGAGAGAGAGAGAUAAAAAAGAGCAAAACAGUGAAGAUCUUUCUUUUUCACGAGUUCACGGAGCCCACCGGUUCUGCCCGCUGGGAGGGAUUUAACGCACACCGCAACGGGAAGACAGAGCUAUAGAUUAAGAAAGGCCACAAACCUAAGCACAGCAGCUAGAGAGAGAGAGGGAGCGGUCGUCCAACAGACUCCACCUCUAAACCCCAGCCAGUGAACGGAGAGACCCGACGGCAUAAAAAUGAGUGGUUCCCACCUCCGCCAACACCAGUCGGCCCAGCCUGCAUUCAACGCCCUUUCCCCGGACAAAGAAGCAGACAUGCCUGCUACAGAGAAGGACCUUGCCGAGGACGCGCCGUGGAAGAAGAUCCAACAGAACACGUUCACCCGCUGGUGUAACGAGCAUCUGAAAUGCGUCAACAAACGAAUCGCCAAUCUCCAGACGGACCUGGGCGACGGGCUGCGCCUGAUCGGACUCCUGGAGGUGUUGAGCCAGAAGAAGAUGUUUAGGAAAUACAACCAGCGGCCCACUUUCCGACAGAUGCAGCUCGAGAACGUCUCGGUGGCACUCGAGUUCCUAGACAAGGAGAACAUCAAGCUGGUGUCCAUAGACUCCAAGGCCAUAGUGGAUGGUAACCUGAAGCUGAUCCUUGGCAUGGUGUGGACGCUGAUCCUCCACUACUCCAUCUCCAUGCCCAUGUGGGACGAGGAGGAGGAGGGGGGUGACGGCCAGCAGAAGACCCCGAAACAGAGACUUCUGGGAUGGAUCCAGAACAAGCUACCAGAGAUCCCCAUCCACAACUUCAGCAGAGACUGGCAGAGUGGCAGAGCACUGGGGGCACUGGUUGACAGCUGUGCUCCGGGCCUAUGCCCUGAUUGGGACCAGUGGGACCAGACUAAACCAGUGGACAACGCCCGUGAGGCCAUGCAACAGGCUGAUGACUGGCUGGGUAUCCCUCAGGUGAUAACCCCAGAGGAGAUCGUUGACCCUAAUGUAGAUGAACAUUCCGUGAUGACAUACCUGUCCCAGUUCCCCAAGUCCAAACUGAAGCCUGGCGCACCCCUCCGCCCCAAACUGAACCCCAAGAAGGCCCGCGCAUACGGACCAGGUAUAGAGCCAGUAGGUAACGUUGUGAUGAAGAAGGCAGUGUUCACAGUGGAGACCAUCAGUGCUGGAAUGGGAGAGGUGUUGGUGUAUGUAGAGGACCCUGCCGGACACAAAGAGGAGGCCAAGGUGACAGCCAACAACGAUAAGAAUCGUACCUACUCAGUCUUCUACAUUCCCAAAGUCACUGGAAUGCACAAGGUGACGGUGCUGUUUGCGGGGCUACACAUCAAUAAGUCUCCUUAUGAGGUGGAUGUGGGGAUGGCUCAGGGAGACAGCAGUAAAGCUACAGCCCAGGGACCUGGACUAGAACCUGCUGGGAACAUCGCCAAUAAGACCACAUACUUUGAUGUCUACACCGCAGGUGCUGGUGUGGGAGAGGUGGAGGUGGUGAUCAUGGACCCAGCGGGUAAGAAGGACGUGGUGGUGUGUCAGAUAGAGGAUAAGGGCAACAGUUCGUACCGCUGCACCUACAAACCCACCCUGGAGGGGGCCCACACCAUCUACGUUACCUUUGCCGGAGGACAGAUCAGCAAGAGCCCCUUCACUGUUAACAUAGGAGAGGGAUGGAGGGAGCUGGUAUCUCUUCUCUCUCUGGAGCAGCUUCUUCCUUCUACUCAGCAGCCUAACUACUACCCAGCAGCAGCCAUCAAGGGCCCCAAGGGUCUGGAGGAGCCCUGUAAGAGGAAAGAUCUAGGAGACGGAGUGUUUGGGUUUGAGUACUACCCCACCACCCCCGGAACAUACAGUAUAACCAUCACCUGGGGAGGACAACACAUCCCCCGCAGCCCGUUGGAGGUGAAGAUUGGUUUGGAGGCGGGUCCACAGAAGGUGCGAGCAUGGGGGCCCGGCCUGGAGAGCGGCAUUGUGGGUAAAUCUGCCGACUUCGUGGUCGAAGCUGUUGGAGAGAAUGUGGGAACACUGGGUUUCUCAGUGGAGGGUCCGUCCCAGGCGAAGAUCGAGUGUGAUGAUAAGGGCGACGGGUCAUGUGACGUGCGUUACUGGCCAAUGGAAGCAGGAGAGUAUGCGGUGCAUGUGCUCUGUAACAACGAGGACAUCCAGCACUCUCCCUUCAUGGCUGAAAUCACUGCUGCUCUAAACAAGGACUACUACCCUGAUAAGGUGAAGGCGUAUGGUCCAGGCCUACAGAGCAGUGGUCUUGCUGUGGGGAAACCCACUGAGUUCACCGUUGACGCCAAGCUGGGAGGGAAUGCUGCCCUCAACAUCCUGGCACAGGAUGGUGAGGGAACCCCAGUAGAUGUUCAGGUGAAGGAUAACGGAAAUGGAACGUACACCUGCAGUUACACCCCCAAGAAACCCCUCAAACACACCGUCAUGGCGUCCUGGGGCGGGGUCAACAUACCGGACAGUCCUUUCAGGAUGACUAUCGGGGCAGGCUGCCACCCUAACAAGGUGAAGGUGUCAGGUCCUGGUGUGGCUAAAACCGGGCUGAAGGCAUUUGAACCAACAUUCUUCACUGUGGACUGUGCUGAGGCAGGUCAAGGUGACAUCAGUAUCGGUAUAAAGUGCUCUCCAGGCGUGGUGGGACCGGCGGAGGCAGACAUCGACUUCGACAUCAUCAGGAACGACAACGACACGUUUACCGUUAAAUACACCCCGCCAGGCGCUGGUAGUUACACCAUCAUGGUGCUGUUUGCUGACCAGACCAUCCCCAUGACUCCCAUCAGGAUCAAAGUUGACCCAUCACACGACGCCAGCAAGGUCAAGGCUGAGGGACCUGGACUCAACCGCAGUGGUGUGGAGUUGACCAAGCCGACCCACUUCACAGUAAACACCAAGGCUGCAGGUAAAGCCAAGCUGGACGCUGUGUUCUCCGGCCCGGUUAAAGGAGAGGUUGUUAAGGACUUUGAGAUCAUUAACAACCAUGACAACACUCACACGGUCAAGUACACCCCCAUCCAGCAGGGGCCUCUGGGAGUGGCCGUCACCUACGGAGGAGAUUCUAUUCCCAAGAGCCCCUUCUCCAUCCCUGUGGCUCCAAGCCUCGACCUCAGCAAGAUACAAGUUGAUGGACUGGGAGACAAGAUAACAGUGGGUAAGGACCAGGAAGUGACCGUGAAGUCCAAGGGAGCAGGAGGCCAGGGGAAGGUGGGAGCUAAGGUUACAGGGCCCUCUGGGAAACCUGUCACCUGCAAGGUGGAACCGGGGCUUAAACCAGAGACCAGUCAGGUGAAGUUUAUCCCUCGAGAGGCGGGGCCAUACCAGGUGGAGCUGACCUAUGACAGCGCUCCCAUCCCAGGAUCCCCUUUCAAACCCACCGCCUACCCCCCCACUGAUGCCACCAAGGUGAAGUGUUCUGGCCCAGGGUUGGAGCGUGCCAAGGUGGGAGAGACUGGGGAGUUUGUGGUGGACUGUACCAACGCGGGUCCAGCUGAGCUGACCAUAGAGAUCAUCAGUGACAGCGGGACAGAGGCAGAGGUCCACAUCCAGGAUAAUGGAGACGGAACCUACACCAUCACCUACAUCCCACUGUACCCUGGCUCCUACACCCUCACCAUCCGCUACGGGGGACAGGAUGUACCCAACUUCCCCGCCCGCCUCACAGUGGAGCCGGCCGUCGAUGCCAGUGGAAUCCGUGUGUUCGGACCGGGAGUGGAGGGCAAAGGCGUGUUCCGCGAGGCGACCACAGACUUCACGGUAGACGCCAGAGCUCUGAACCAGACGGGAGGGAACCACAUCAAGACAGUGAUCCAGAACCCAUCUGGAUCCGUUACCGACGCCGUCAUCACCGACCGCCGGGAUGGCACCUACAACGUAGAGUACACUCCCUACGAAGAGGGCCCCCACAGUGUGAAGGUGGCGUACGAUGAGUCUCCAGUUCCCAAAAGUCCGUUCCGCGUGGCAGUGACAGAGGGGUGUGACCCGGGGCGUGUACGUGCACAUGGACCCGGCUUGGACAGUGGCAUCACCAACAAAGCCAACAAGUUCACUGUGGAAACCCGUGGUGCGGGUACAGGUGGUCUGGGUCUGGCUGUAGAGGGCCCGUCGGAGGCUAAGAUGUCCUGCACCGACAACAAAGAUGGCAGCUGCAGCGUAGAGUACAUUCCCUACGAGGCUGGAACGUAUAACCUCAACAUCACCUACGGAGGACAGCCCAUCGCUGGCAGUCCAUUCCAGGUUCCUGUCAGUGACACGGUGGACAGUUCUAAGGUGAAGUGCCAGGGGGUGGGGCUUGGAACCAACGUGCGUGCCAACAUUCCACAGGCCUUCACAGUGGACGCCUCUAAAGCGGGAGUCGCCCCUCUACAAGUCAGAGUACAGGGACCCAAAGGUGUAGUGGAGCCAGCAGAGUUAGUGGAUAAUGGAGACCAGACUCACACCGUGAACUACAUCCCGACCAGAGAGGGACCUUACUCUAUCAACGUACUGUAUGCUGACCAAGAGAUCCCACGCAGUCCCUACAAGGUGAAAGUGUUGCCUACCCAUGAUGCCAGCAAGGUGCGCGCCAGCGGCCCCGGUCUCAACACCACCGGAGUGCCCGCCUCUCUGCCUGUCGAGUUCACCAUCGACGCCAAGGAUGCAGGAGAGGGGCUGCUCGCCGUGCAGAUCACUGACCCCGAGGGGAAGCCUAAGAAGGCCAGUAUCCGUGACAACCAGGACGGGACUUACCUGGUGUCGUAUGUACCUGACAUGACUGGUCGUUACACCAUCCUGAUAAAGUAUGGAGGGGACGAGAUCCCUUAUUCCCCCUACCGCAUCAGGGCUCUACCUACUGGGGACGCCAGCAAAUGUACUGUCACAGUGUCAAUCGGCGGCCACGGCCUGGGAGCCGGUGUGGGUCCAACUAUCCAGAUCGGAGAGCAGACUGUCAUUACUGUGGAUGCAAAGGCUGCUGGGAAAGGAAAGGUUACGUGCAGUGUGUGUACCCCAGAAGGGGUGGAGUUAGAUGUAGACGUGGUGGAGAAUGAGGAUGGAACCUUUGAUAUCUUCUACACUGCCCCCCAGCCUGGAGAUUACUGUAUCUGCGUUCGCUUUGGAGGGGAACUCAUCCCCAACAGCCCCUUCCUGGUCACGGCAUUGGAAGGAGCCCCUUCAGAUCAGCUCCAACAGCAACAACUACCACAGUACUACAGUCAACAGCCCUGGGCAACAGACCGGCCAAUGGGAAUGAAUGGUUUGGACGUGGCGGGACUCCGGCCGUUUGACCUGGUUAUCCCCUUCACCAUCCAAAAAGGAGAGAUCACAGGUGAUGUACGCAUGCCAUCAGGUAAGACCGCCAAGCCAGACAUCACAGACAAUAAGGACGGGACGGUAACGGUUAAAUACGCUCCGACUGAGGCCGGCCUGCACGAGAUGGACAUCAAAUACGACGGGAUACACAUCCCUGGUAGUCCACUCCAGUUCUAUGUGGACUAUGUGAACAGUGGGAAGGUCAGCGCAUAUGGACCGGGCCUGAUCCACGGGACCGUCAACAAACCUGCCAUGUUCACCGUCAACACCAAGGACGCAGGAGAGGGCGGUCUGUCUCUGGCCAUCGAGGGUCCUUCUAAAGCUGACAUCAGCUGUGUGGAUAACCAGGAUGGAACAUGUUCUGUGUCCUACCUGCCUGUCCUACCUGGGGACUACAGCAUCCUGGUCAAAUACAAUGACAAACACAUCCCUGGCAGCCCCUUCUCAGCCCACAUCACAGGUGAUGACUCUAUGAGGAUGUCCCAUCUGAAGGUGGGCUCUGCUGCUGACAUCCCAUUGGACAUUGGCGAGCUGGACCUGAGUCAGCUGACAGCCUCUCUGACCACGCCCUCCGUCCGAGAGGAACCCUGCCACCUCAAGAUGCUCCGCAAUGGACAUGUUGGGAUCUGGUUUGUUCCCAAGGAGAUCGGGGAACACCUGGUGAACAUAAAGAAGAACGGGCGCCAUAUUCCCAGCAGCCCCAUCACCGUGAUGAUCAGCCAAUCGGAGAUUGGUGACGCCAGUCGGGUGCGAGUGACUGGCCAGGGCCUCAGUGAGGCUAAAACCUUUGAACCUGCUGAGUUCAUCAUCGACACACGCGAAGCAGGCUAUGGGGGUCUGAGUCUGUCCAUCGAGGGCCCCAGUAAGGUGGACAUUAACACCGAGGACCAGGAGGAUGGUACCUGUAAGGUAACCUACUGCCCUACUGAACCAGGAAACUACAUCAUCAACAUCAAGUUCGCCGACCAACACGUACCAGGGAGUGCGUUUACGGUGAAGGUGACAGGAGAAGGGAGGAUGAAGGAGAGCAUCACCAGGAAGAAGAGGGCAGCGUCUGUUGCUAACGUGGGCAGCCAGUGUGACCUCAGCCUCAAGAUCCCAGAGAUCAGCAUAGCAGACAUGGUGGCCCAGGUGACCAGUCCGUCUGGUCAGGUCCAGGAGGCUGACAUCAUGGAGGGAGAGAACAACACCUACUGCAUCCGCUUUGUUCCCACGGAGACCGGCGUGCACACAGUGUGUGUGAAGUAUGCAGGCGUGCACGUGCCCGGCAGCCCCUUCCAGUUCACAGUGGGGCCCCUGGGAGAAGGAGGAGCCCACAAGGUCCGUGCUGGGGGGCCCGGGCUGGAGAGGGCAGAGGCUGGAGUACCAGCUGAGUUCAGUAUCUGGACACGGGAGGCAGGUGCAGGGGGUCUCAGCAUUGCGGUGGAGGGACCCAGUAAAGCAGAGAUCACCUUCGAGGACCGCAAGGACGGAUCCAGUGGAGUAUCCUACAUGGUCCAGGAGUCAGGAGACUAUGAGGUGUCUAUCCGUUUCAAUGAGGAGCACAUCCCUGACAGUCCCUUCGUGGUUCCCGUGGCGUCGCCCUCUGAUGACGCCAGACGACUCACUGUUGCCAGUCUUCAGGAGUCCGGGUUGAAGGUCAAUCACCCAGCAUCCUUUGCUGUGAGCCUGAACGGAGCGAAGGGACAGAUUGACGCUAAAGUCCACAGCCCCUCUGGAGCCCUGGAGGGCUGCUGUGUUACUGAGCUAGACCAAGAUAAGUAUGCUGUCAGAUUCAUUCCCAGAGAGAACGGUCUGUAUCUGAUCGAUGUGAAGUUCAACGGCAGCCACAUCCCCGGCAGUCCCUUCAAGAUCAGGGUGGGGGAGACGGGACAGGCUGGAGACCCAGGCAUGGUGACUGCAUACGGAGCUGGAUUAGAGGGAGGAACCACGGGUACAGCCUGUGAGUUUGUGGUUAACACUAGUAAGGCGGGCCCCGGGGCCUUGGCAGUGACCAUCGACGGCCCCUCAAAGGUGAAGAUGGACUGUGUUGAGUGUCCGGAGGGUUACAAGGUGACCUACACCCCCAUGGCUCCAGGAAACUACUUAAUCUCCAUCAGAUACGGAGGACCUUACCACAUCGUAGGAUCCCCCUUCAAGGCCAAGAUCACUGGCUCCAAGCUGGUCAGUAGCCAUAGUAACCACGAGACGUCCAGUGUCAUGGUUGACCCCGUGACUCGCCAGGUUAGCUCUUCCCACCAGGGAGCUCCCAGCCAAUCGGACGCCAGCUGUGUGACAGCCAAGGGUCUCGGCCUAUCAAAGGGCUUUAUCGGCCAGAAGAACAACUUCAGCGUCGACUGCAGCAAAGCAGGUCGUAACAUGCUGUUGGUGGGUGUGGACGGGCCCAGGGUUCCCUGUGAGGAGGUACUGGUGAAGCAUCUUGGGAACCGUGUCUAUAACAUCAGCUACCAGCUCAAGGAGAAGGGAGAGUACAUCCUGGUAGUGAAGUGGGGAGAACAACACAUCCCUGGCAGCCCCUACCACAUCACUGUCUAGACCAAUCAGAUUCGACUCCAUUACUGUCUAGAGGCCAAUGACAAAUCAGAACCCUUCAAACUAGCCCUUUUGUCUUCAUAGCAAUCAGAGAUGACAACUUUCUAAACUCAUUCACCAUAACCCAAACAAUAAUGCAUAAACACUGAAUAUUCUUCUUCAUUCCUCUCCUCCCAUCACUAUCAUCACUAUCAUCUCCCCUCCCCUCACCUGUCAUCUCCCCUCACCUAUCAUCUCCCCUCACCUAUCAUAAUCAUUAGUACCGUAGUCAUAGAGAGGGGAAACAUGCACCUUUUUAUUACUGUAAAAUAGCUUAGCAACAUGUACCUUCCUUUCCCCACGCAGUGUUUAGCUGUGGGCUAGUGAUAGCCUAGCGUAUUGUAGCAUAGUGUAUUGGUAUAGGGGUUAGGUUAGCCUAGCCUAGCAGAGCAUAGUAUAUUGGUAUGAGAAUAGCCUAAUGCUAGUCCAGUGUGUUCAUAAUGCUAAUUCUAAAAUGUUUAAGGGAAAGUGGGAUACCUUGUCAGUUAAGCUGCUGCUACUGUGGCUUGGUGUUAGCUCGUCUUAACCAUAACAAUAAUGAAAGGGCUUAUAGGUUCAACUGUUAGUAUAGGGUUUAUGACAUGUUAAUAACAACUGUUAGCGAUGCUAGAGUAGCCGGCUCCUAUAACUUCACACUUGUUUUAGAGGUGCGACUAGCACCACUGCAGCGACUGACCCAGUUAGAACGGUGUCUUGCAGCAUAUUGACUAGAUUAAAGUAUUACUAAUUAUAGUGUGAUGUCCAUGUCACUAGUAGUAUGAUUAACUGUAGUGUGGAAGUGAUGUCCAGAUACUAGUAUUGAAUAAAAACUGUCACGGUAAUAGCUGUAAUAUUACUAGCAGUGAAUGAGGAAAGUGUUGGAUGGAGAGAUGAGCAAAAUGCAUUAAGAACAAAUGUUGCCUUGUGUUCCUGCUAAAUGUUCUAAACCCCCCCUGCUCUUUAGCUUUGUUACGCAGUAUUCAAGAAUAAAAUAACCUUGUCUGUUAAAGGGCUUUAAAGUGUUGUAAAAGACAGUAUUUUGAUCCACAAUAAAGAUUGUCUCGAAGGA